UGUUUCUGAUUUAUCAUUUGCAGAUGUCAACGUGACAGACCGCCCGUACGUAGACUUGUGCAAUCUCAUAGGAACAGUUCAAGGUAGCGACCAGGUACAGACAUUUUAUCAUUCAGACUCUGCAGUGUGUGAUUUAGAUUGUGGCAAGCUGAGCAUAAGACAAAAUGGGUGAAUGGGGAUUCCUGUCUUCAUUGCUGGAAAAGGUGCAAUCCCACUCCACGGUCAUCGGGAAGGUGUGGAUGACUGUUCUGUUCCUUUUUCGGAUCAUGGUGCUGGGAGCCGGCAUUGAGAAAGUUUGGGGCGAUGAGCAGUCCAAGAUGGUCUGUAACACCAAACAGCCGGGUUGCAAAAACGUGUGCUACGACAGGGCCUUCCCCAUCUCCCACGUUCGUCUCUGGGUGAUGCAAAUUAUCUUCAUCUCCACGCCGACCCUGAUAUACCUGGGUCACGUCAUCCACGUCACACAGAAGGAGAAAAAGCUCAGGGAGAAACUGCAGAGCAAUGCAGAGAAGCAAGGGCUGAAGAUGCCCAAGUACACAGACGACAAGGGCAAGGUCUACAUCAAGGGCAGCCUCCUGGGCAGCUACAUGACCAGCCUGGUGUUCAAGAUGAUCCUGGAGGUUGCGUUCAUCGUGGGCCAGUACUACCUCUAUGGCUUUGUGUUUGUGCCCAAGAUAGAGUGCGAAGGGGACCCGUGCCCCUACAAGGUGGAGUGCUUCAUGUCGCGGCCCACAGAGAAGACCAUCUUCAUCAUCUUCAUGCUGGCGGUGUCCUGCGUGUCCCUGCUGCUGACCGUGGUGGAGAUCUUCUACCUGAUGUGCAGGAGUAGCAAGAGAGGCCCCGGCUACAGUGGAAGAUACCAGUUGGAUUACAGUGCAGGGAAAAUUUAACACUCAACUUCAGUGG